UAUAUUUACAGAACACAAUGGCCAGCAGAUGCAGCCACCGCAGCGCCGUAGGACCACAGAUAGAGGCAACGCCUCCUAGCGCAGGCGCAGGGAUUCAGUAGACGCGGAGUCGGGGUUGCGCGGUUAGCUUUUGCGAGUUAUCACGUGCAUGAAAUGGCAGAUCGCACGUGGGAUGCUUGGCGACGUCUUACGACAAUUCACUGAGGUGCGGGAAUUGUUUGAAUGGAUUACACUUCAGGCAGCAUGGCCAUAGAAGCGUUCAGGAACGCUCAAGGAUGGAAGCACAGAGUGAAUGUCAUUGUCUUGAAGGUGACCUCGCCUACUCGCUUUCUGAUAAGGGAAGCAGUGGGAGCAGAGAUGUCUCCAAGUGGAAGAGAAUUUGUUGGCAUGGAGGCAGAAAUGAACCAGCACAUGACAAAAUGGGAUGUUCAACCCCUCACACCACUACUUCCAGAGCUUGGAUCUAUUGUUUUGGUGCGAAAUCCUUCUGUGAAAGGAUGGUAUCGGGCACGUGUCAAUAUGAUAUUCGACACCAUGACUGGCUACCAAGUUGAGGUCUUCUUGGUCGACUAUGGAGAAACGCUCAUGGUGGAUCGAAAAGCGUUGCGCAAGGUGCCAAAUAAAAGGAUUCUUGAAGUGCCUUUUCAAUGUGUUGAAUUUUCGCUGCUUGGACUGAAGCCUGUGCGGUGGACAAUCGACCCAGCAACCAUUACAAUGCAGUAUGUGGAAGGCUCCUCUUGGGAUACUGCUUCCAUUGAUUAUGUGAAGUCAACAGUGCGAAAAGCAGAUGUGGUGCACGUUGAAGUGCUGGGAGAGACCAUCUCAGGAGGCCUUUAUGGAAAGAUCUUCAUUAACUGCAACAAAAAUGUCAUGUCCCUAGAUGAAGAGCUGAUCAAGCUGAAGUACGCUUUCCCAGACACUGAAGCAGGCAGGGAAGAGGUCGUUUUGGAUGACCACAAACCUGACAAAGAUGACCAGCAGUCAGCAAAAGAAUCACAAAUUGAAGGCAUUUCUGAAAGUGAGAGCUUUUGGCAUGACAUCCAGAACAAGAGUGCUUCAGCAGCUUUGAAAGAUGUGCUUGACAGUGUCUAUGACACUUGUUCGAGCAGUUUGGCACGUGUUCCUGUCGAAGUGUGCGAGGCGGAAGAAUCGCCACCAUUGUCCAGAUCUGCCAGUGGCGAAAGCUCUCCACUGCAGUGGUCAUCGUCUUCAACCUCCCUUUCCAUUGAUGCGUCUUCAUCGGGCACAGAUACACCUCCCACAUUGCCUGGUCUUGGCCGAGGCCUUGCCAUGAUGCUAAAGCUCAGAGAACUUGGGAGUGACAGCUCAUGUCACAGGCCUGGUCCCAGGGGCAGCAUAGACAUGCAGGGCCAGGAGCUAUGCACUGCUAUGCUGAGUCCAAGUGAGGACAGUGAUGAGGAUGAAUCUUAUACCCCUACUCUAGUUGGCACUCCACCUGCAGUUUUCAGGGAGUGUGAGACAGACUAUUCUCCUGACAGCCCAGGCUCAGCGUCAUCAUCAGAACCUGCAAUGCCACAGCUUGACACUGUUCAAUCGAGGCAUGAACCAUCCUCCGAGAUUCCUAAACCAGUUAUGCCACAAUCUUUGGCUGAUACUAGCCAGUUUGGGGAAUGUAAAGCCCGUGGUCGAGCUCGUCUGCUCAGUUUGUCUCCCAAUCCAUCAAGUUCACCGUUUGAAAAAAGUCAUACAACAUUUCCAAGAAGCAUUGAUCCAAGUUCCUUUACCAAGGUGCAUGCAAGAGACACGCUCAGUGAAAGAUUUUCAAUGCCCAAUGAAGCAUCUAGCGACUCAUUGGCUCCUAAAGCCUGUGCAGCUGACGUAAAAGGCCAAAGCUCUGUUGUAGGCUUACCUGACUUAACAGCAUACCGUUACAGAGGGCGCGGUCGUGCGGUAUUGACACAACUGGCCUCAAGCCGCAUGCCAGGUCAGCACACUGCUCCAUUGUCAUCGCAGCCACUAAGCUUGCAACAAAAUAGUCUGGCACAGGAGGAGUCUUUUGACAUCUCGAGUGGCAGCAACCAGCCUAAACCUGCAUCGACUUGUGCACAAAAUGGUGAUAACUGCCCUUCUAAAGUAGUGACCAGGGCCAGCCAGAUGAAGGACCUAUUGGAAAGGAAAGGACGUUCAUUGUGUGCGGCACCAUUCCAAGGCUGCUCAUCCAAAGUGGAAGAUGACAGUAUGGCAAAUUUUCCCAAGCCUGAUGCAACUGCAGAAACAGUGCGGGCACUAAAGAAAGAUGAUUUGUUUACUGGAAGUUCAUUAUCAUCUCCUGGUAGCAGCACUGACCAGAUACCAUCUUCAACAAUGUCAAGCAGGGAAGUUUUUGCAAGGUUAAUUGAUGCCAGCAACUUGAAUACUUCAUAUCAACCUGACGAAGAGCUUGUGGAUCCUUCUGCAACCACGGAUGUUUCUCAUUCAUUGGAAGACUUUCGGAGGACAGAUUUCAAAAGCUUUUCUGAACUACCACCAGACCUGGACCCUUGUGCACAGUUCAAGGGCGCUGUUUACUUCAGCACCGAUUAUGAUACGUGCAGAUUGCCAUCACAACCUGCACUCUCCAAAGUUCGGGCUCUCUGCCACGGCAUUAGACCACCUAGGCCGGUGACUCACCUUGACCAGACACCAUUUGAUGAAUCUGUGAAAUCGCGGUUGUGCUCCAAGGGGUUUCGUGGUCCAACAUGCAUUCAGUCAGUAGUCUGGCCCGCAGUGAUGUCUGGUAGAGACAUUGUUGCUGUGGCACCACCACACUCGGGCAAGACACUUGCUUACCUGAUCCCACUGGUUUCAAGAUUGAUGUCUGAAACUGACUACGAGAAUCUGCCUGCAGGCGUUGGACCCCUAAUGGUAGUUUUAACGUCCACGUGGAAAGGAGCUCGCCGCCUAAGUGAGCAGGCCAAACUGCUUGUCCAUGAAAAAAGAGGUCCUAAAGUAUGUGCCUUGUAUGCUGGAGGAGCAGAAAAAGGAAAAGAGGCAGAGAUUGUCAAUGGCUGUGAUAUCCUGGUAGCAACUCCCCACUGUUUUCUGCGCUUUCUGACCAAUUAUGAUCGUCUCAUCGUCAACUUGCAUCGGUGCUGCCAUUUGGUCUUGGAUGAUGGCGAACGGUUGCUGGACAAGUUUGCUGUAGAGGUUACUUCGGUGAUGAAUGAGUUUCGACGGUGUGUGGAACGGCGCCAGCCAGGCAUGCUUCAUGGCCAAAUUGUAGUUUGCUCAACAAUGUGGUCUAGUGGCUUGAACUGGUUUAUACGUAUGACAUCCUUGAGCAAAACCCCUUUGAUCAUGUUUACCUCAUUCUACGAAGCUGCCAUCUACGCACAAGUUCCAACAGUUGCCUUUUAUGGUGACCCCCGCAGUCGACAAGAGGUAUUGCUCAGAAUUGUGGAAGGCAGCCAGGGUCGAAAAGUUGUUGUGUGCACUGCCGACAGAAAAUCAGCCAUUUCUUUGCAUCGGUUGCUGUUGUCAUCGUGUGUCUAUUGCCUGCUGCUACAUGAUGAGCUUACAAUGGCGAAGACGUGGGAAAUCACAAGCGAAUGGAAUACUGAGCGUCCAAAGACCAUCAUGCCUGUCCUUGUGGCUCAAGACAACAUGCUGCCAUUGGCCAACAUUCAUGACGCGGCUGUUCUUAUCCAUUACGACGUACCUGAAUUGUCCAAGUACAACUUUGGCUUUCGCUUCUCCGUCCUUGCUGACCGCAUGCGUUCAUUCAAGGAUGAGGGUGCCGUCUCUACUCCUGAAGAGCCUGUGGCCCACAUGAUACUUUCAAGCAACAACCACAGUCUCUCUGUACAGCUUGUGGAGUUUCUGAACAGGCUAGGCACCAAUGUUCCAGAUGGACUUGCAAGGCUUGCUGUUGAGGAGCAAGCAAAAGCAUCGUCAAAUCCCAUGGUGGCCCUCUGCCCAAAUCUGAAAGCAUUCGGUCAUUGUGAAAGGCAGACAGCAGAGAAGCGCUGCUCGUAUCGCCAUGAGGUCUUGUGUGGAGCAGAUCACUCCAGGGUAUGGGAGGACCUGCCAUCUCAAGGCCAACUCCUCAUUGUAGUAACCAAAGUGGUGAAUGCAACACGCUUUUAUGCAUGGAUUCUCCAACACUGGGAUACUCCACCUAAUUCAACAAACGAAAGAAAAUUGGAAGUCAAGGAAAAUCUGGAGCUUCAGAAUGCCAUGAUGUUUCUGAAUGACUUCUUCUCAAAGCCAAGUAACUUGAAAUAUGUGGACACUAAUGCCAUGCCCAAAGUUGGCGAAGUGUAUGGGCUGGAGUACAGUGUCGGCCAUUUCCACAGGGUCUUGGUGACUUCAGUUAUGCCAAAGAGUUCGGCUCCAGCUAGCAUCACUGUGUCACACAUGGACUAUGGCGGCCAGUCAACUGUUGCUGCAACAAGAUUACUUCGUCUACCACCUCAGCUAACUAAGCUGCGGCCUUUCGCAGUGGAAGUGUACUGUUGUCGUGUCCAGCCACAGGACCGCGACCUCGAUUGGACUUUCCAGGCAGUCUACAAGGCACAUGAGCUUGUUUUCAGGAAAGAGCUUCUUGGCAAGAUUGUCCUGCGGCUUGGAAAUACCUUGUGGCUUGACCCACUUGUCUUGUGGGAAAGUCUUCCCUUUGUUGAUGCAAAGGUGCCUUUAAAGAAUGUGAGAACUACCUUAAUUGAAGAACGCCUUGCUUGUAAUAAUGCAACCCAUCUUGAAAGCCUGUGCGACUUGGUUGCUGAUGCAGGAGUGCCACUACCUAUUCUCUCAGAAAAGAACAAAGAAGGGAAUGGCAGUGACAACCCAAAUGUUGUUGUCAACCAGCACUGUACCACUUUCCUUGACAUGCAGGAUUUCAAUCAUGUGUACCUCUGGAAGGUCACCUCUCCAUCUGAUUUCUACAUACAGCCUUUGAAGUUCAAUUCAUGCUUGGAUGAGCUUGAGGAUAACAUCCAGAAGGCUAUGAAGAAAAGGGAAUUGACUAAGCGGAAGUUUGUGCAUCGUGGAGUAGUGUGCAUCGCUCGCUACAAUAACGAUAGAUGGUAUCGUGGAGAAGUGCAGGAAGUUCUCAACAGCGCAGAUGUCAUCGUGUUUUUUCCCGACUAUGGAGAUACUGCGAGAUGCCCUCAAGAUGAGCUGUUUAAGCCUCUUUCAUGGAUGAUGUUGCUGCCAUACCAGGGCGUUCAGUGCUCUUUAGCAGGAAUCGAUUCACCAUCUGGGAACUGGAGCCCAAUGGCUCAGUCCGUACUUGAUGACUUUGGCUAUGAUGACAACGAUGUGAACCGCCUGCUGUGUCUCAGGGUUGUGAAAAAGAAUGCCGGUGAGCGUCCUGGGACAAACUGUUAUGAGGUUCUCUUGUUCAGCACCUGUAAUGAAGAAAGAAUCAGUGCAGCUGAUCUUCUUGUAGAGCAGGGGCUUGCGGUCUCAACAAAGCUGCCAAAGCUUAGCUUUGAUGUCAACCUUCCACAUUCAACAGUACCUCUAGAGGGGGCAGGGGCCUAUGACACUGAGAGCGAUGAGGAUGGAGAAGAAGUAACGCUUGAGUGCCAAAGAAAACUGGAGGAGCAUGUGUAUGGUGUGUUUAGUGAAGUUCGGGACCAGAUCCUUGCACCUGCAGCAGCUGAACUCAUGCAGGAGUUAAGUUGUGAAAGUGGCGCACUUGGCCAAGGAGACACUUCUUGCCAGCCCCAAGCAAAAGAGUCAGAGGCACCACCACCACCACAAUUGGGCAAACAAAGUGAUGAAAAGGCGGCAGCAAAAAGGGUUAAACCAGCCAAAGCCCAUUUGCGAGCCUUUACAAAGAAUUGCCCUCCGCUGCUGGAGUCGCAGUUGAAGGCAGAACAUAGCCGUCAAGCAUCCAUCUCGUGGUGGCAAGAUCAUAGCUUUGUCUAUGUGGACAUCUUGAUUUCAAACGUAAAGGAGUACAAGCUGGAUGUUACUGCAAAGAUGUUUUGCAUCAGGGUUAAAACAGCACAGCAUGAGUACCUAGCUCAUGAGAGGCUUUAUGCUGCCAUUGUACCGAAGAAAGCAAGAUUGGUAGUGAAGGCUGACUCCUUGAGGAUCACCCUUGAGAAAAUAAGAGCGAAACAUACAUGGAAGUUUCUAACUAGAAACAAGCGAAAGGUGCAGUACAUUCACUAUGAACUGGAUCAUAUUGAUGUGAGUGAUGAUGAGAACGAGAUAGUCAGAGCCUGCAAAGCUUUCAAAGACCCACUCUACACAGGUUAUGAGCGUCCAGCACAGAUCUUGCCGUAUGACCCAGUGGCUCAUGAAGAAAGAGUUAGAGAAAUUGAAGCUGGAAUUGAAGACAUUGACGAUUCAGAAGCGCACAUGUAUUUCAGUGUUGACCCAAAUAAUAUUUUUGAUGACUUCACUGAAUAGCCACCCCAGAAAGACGUUGAGCCUUGCUUUGUUAUGUAUGCCUUUCCCCCUGUUCCCCCUCCCCCCCAUCUUUUUUUUGUACAUUUAAAGGAUGGUCUGCAUCACCCAUGUAUAAUAUUCAAAAUGUUCAUCUUAUUGUUCAUGUUCAAACGUGUUGUUCUUUCAUGUAUCACCAUGCUGUGAUAACCGAAAAGUCUUUCGGUGAAGAGCAUUUACCUUUUGCUGUCAAUAAAUAUAAGUUAUUUGUGA